CCAGACAAAUUAAUUUAACUUCUGUAAAUCUCCUGGAUAAAUGCAAAUGCAGAUCACUUACUUUCAGAAAGCACACAGGGAACUUUUGAUUUUUCAGCGAAUGAGACAGACGAAAUACUUCAAGUUCUAAUAUUACAAAAAGUAUGCAUGGGUUGACAUUUCCUAUAGGUGCAUGCCGCAAAAUUGUUUUUCUGACCAACGAAAUGCUUGGAUAUGGCACAUUUUAACUUAUUUUUGCACAAAGCAAGAAUUAAUGUGGCAUAAAAAAAGUAAGAUUUCCUAUUUUUGGAUUCGUAUACCUUUUGAUAAAAGCAUGUUUCGUUUAGGUGCUGCAGGUGACAGCUCAGCAUAUGUGGCAGGGGACAGAUGACUUGCACGUCAAACUAUCGAUCACAACACAGCAGCCUCUCAUUCCGGGAGAAAACGCAACUCUUCAUGUGGAUUGUCACGAUACAAACAACAACAAAAAGGAUAUCCAGGCAUUGACAAUGACAUUUAACCUUCCUUACUUCCUGGUUUACCAAGGAACUUUCACCAGGUCCGGGUCCGUUGAGCUAUCUUCAGUUCGUAACAACACUGGCCGUCUGGUAUUCCAGUUUUCGUCUUUCAAGAAGUCUGAAAACAUCAACCUCGACAUUAGGCUUCUCGUGAUGAAACAAGACCGCGUGCCGAAUGGAAAGGAGAGUACGUCAGCAGGUCGCGUGGAUCUUUUGUACCAAAGAGGAAUUGAAGGGUGCUCUCAAAGUCUCCACACCUACAGAAACUUUGAAAUAUUGGUGUAUAACCCAGACUGUGAGAACUUUGGUCCCUUGGGGAUGACAGACGGAAGCAUCAAAGAAAGCCAGCUGAUUGUCUCCUCAGUGUUCCAAAUACUCAGUCAUAAAGUUGGUCAAGAGCCAUACGGCGCCGGAUUACAUAGAGAGGAGUACUGGGCACCAGCUGCCGGUCUCUCUUCACAUGACCGAAGGCAGUACGUUCAGGUCGACUUCAGAAGUCUUAAAGACAUCAAAAUGAUAUCAGCUCAAGGUCAUCCGAAUUCAAAGGCGCCGAUUGAAUGGAUGCAAAUCACAUCGAGCAAUGAUGGGCAUCUCUGGAAAGACUACAGUAACAAGAAUAUUAAGGUGACACACUGAUCUUAAUUAAGCAGGCUGAGAACAAAUUGAAAUUUGCAAGUCCUUUAGUAUGGGAAACUCCUGCACCUUCUUUUUUUCGCGUUCAGGUUUUAACGCUCGGUUGUGUUCUUGCAAUUGGGAAAGGCUAAGAAAGGAUGAAGGCUAAUGAUAGUUAAGGAGGAAGCGUGGAGGCAGGAGGCAGGAGGUAGCGUGGCAGAGUGGUUAGGGCGCUGGACUUGAAAAGUCCCGCUCUGACCACUAAGCUGGAGUUGUUUCAUAGUAGA